GAACCGAGAAGAACCGAGUGAAGAGGAGGCCGGGCCGGCGGGAGAGGCCGAGCGAACCAGCCAGUCCGAAGAUCCGGGAUGCCCUACAAGCUGAAGAAGGAGAAGGAGCCUCCAAAGUCUACUAAAAGCACUACAAAAGCCAGCAGUGGCAGCGGUGGAAAGGAUGGCAGCACAGAGAAUUCAGAAGAGGUCCAACAGCAGCAGCAGCAACAGCAGCAACAACAGCAAACCUCGAAUAAGCGCCCCAGCAACAGCACCCCGCCACCGACGCAGCUGAAUAAGAUCAAGUAUUCAGGGGGACCCCAGAUUGUAAAGAAGGAGCGAAGGCAGAGCUCCUCUCGCUUCAACUUGAGCAAGAACCGGGAACUUCAAAAGCUCCCUGCCCUUAAAGAUGCACCGCCUCACGAACGGGAAGAACUCUUCAUGCAGAAGUUGCGGCAAUGCUGCGUCCUCUUUGACUUUGUCUCUGACCCGCUCAGUGACUUGAAGUUCAAAGAGGUGAAGCGAGCAGGUCUCAAUGAAAUGGUAGAGUACAUCACACACAAUCGGGAUGUUGUGACGGAGGCCAUUUACCCUGAAGCAGUUAUUAUGUUUUCAGUAAAUCUCUUCCGGACGCUUCCCCCAUCAUCCAAUCCAACAGGAGCAGAGUUUGACCCUGAGGAAGAUGAACCCACGCUAGAAGCUGCUUGGCCACAUCUCCAGUUGGUGUAUGAAUUUUUCCUAAGGUUCCUGGAGUCACCAGACUUCCAGCCAAACGUAGCCAAGAAAUAUAUUGACCAGAAGUUUGUAUUGUCGUUGCUGGACCUGUUUGACAGUGAAGAUCCCAGAGAGCGAGACUUCCUGAAGACCAUUUUGCAUAGGAUUUAUGGGAAGUUCUUGGGCCUCCGAGCGUAUAUAAGGCGGCAGAUCAACAAUAUAUUUUACAGGUUUAUCUAUGAGACAGAGCAUCAUAAUGGAAUUGCAGAGCUGCUAGAGAUUUUAGGAAGUAUAAUCAAUGGAUUUGCUUUGCCUCUGAAGGAAGAGCACAAGAUGUUCCUCAUCCGGGUUUUAUUACCAUUACACAAGGUGAAAUCUCUGAGCGUCUACCACCCACAGUUGGCAUAUUGUGUUGUGCAGUUUCUGGAGAAAGACAGCAGCCUGACUGAGCCAGUGAUUAUGGGCUUGCUGAAGUUCUGGCCAAAAACACAUAGCCCCAAGGAAGUCAUGUUUCUGAACGAACUGGAAGAAAUUCUGGAUGUCAUUGAGCCUUCUGAGUUUGUGAAGGUUAUGGAACCUCUCUUCAGGCAGCUGGCCAAGUGUGUCUCCAGUCCACACUUCCAGGUGGCAGAGAGGGCAUUGUAUUAUUGGAACAAUGAAUACAUCAUGAGCUUGAUCAGUGACAAUGCGGCCAAAAUUCUCCCUAUCAUGUUCCCAGCACUCUACAAGAAUUCCAAGAGUCAUUGGAACAAGACAAUCCAUGGGUUAAUUUACAAUGCACUGAAGCUGUUCAUGGAGAUGAACCAAAAGCUGUUUGAUGACUGCACACAGCAAUAUAAGGCAGAGAAGCAGAAGGGUCGAUUCAGAUUGAAGGAGCGAGAAGAAAUGUGGCACAAGAUUGAAGAACUAGCUCGCCAAAAUCCACAGUAUCCCAUGUAUUGCGCACCCCCACCUUUGCCUCCUGUUUAUUGCAUGGAGACGGAGACCCCCACUGCAGAGGACAUACAGCUGCUGAAGAAAACGAUGGAGACAGAGGCUGUGCAGAUGCUGAAAGACAUGAAGAAGGAGAAGGUUUUGCUGCGUCGGAAAUCUGAGCUUCCUCAGGAUGUCUACACUAUAAAGGCUCUGGAAGCGCACAAGAGAGCAGAAGAAUUUCUUACUUCGAGCCAGGAGACACUCUGACGGGCUAGGG